AUGAAUUUUCGCCCUAAAAGCAGGAAAAGGACCAGCAACCCCCUGUCUCGUCUGGAUACCCUGGUCCACGGGGGUGUCCCCCACAGCAGCAAUCACAGGGGGUCCACAGAGAGUGCCCCCACCGUGGUACUGGACUGGGACGAUGACGAGGAAGAGGGUGGCACAGAGGAGCAGAGAAAGGAGAGAGAGGAGAGGGAGGGUGUUCUCCCGUCCCCCAGUGUCUCUCCAGUCCCAUGGCUGACUGACCAGGACGCCCUGGCCGCACUUACGGAAACACUCUCAGGAAAGCAGACCACGGGACUCCUUAAUCAAGCAAACAAACACAAAGGGAAAUUUCUGACAGUUCCAGCAUAUUCAUCACGUUCAAGCAGUGCUGCAACGUCAGAAGAAAGUGAUGAAGGAGACGAAACACGAAAUGCGCACGAAACACCCUUGCCAAUUCUCCGACGCGGCAGAAGAGCGGCGAUUUUUGAAACUCAGGAAAUUGGGGACACAUCCCCAUACAUAUCGCCUGCAGAAGAAUAUACAGAUGACGAAGACGAAAGCCCGUCGUUACGACGUCGUAGACGCAGUUCUUUGGGGGAUCUGCCUUCAGACACGGCUGAGGGAGCACCAAAGUCUCCGCCUUCAACUAACCACGCCGAACAUCGGAGACAUAGGAAGAAGGUGUUAACAAAGAGAAACACGAUUGCCGAUUUUGGGUUACCACGAUCCCAGAGCGGUUCGACGCAGAGUCUAAAUCAAAAUGAAGAUGCAAAGAAAGUCAAAUCUCUCUCAUUGCUCAAACUGAUUGAUAAAAAAAGAAGCAAAACCCUUGCAGCAUUCGAGGAAAUGUUGAGCAAGCUCAAGCCAUCCGAAUUUAAGGACAAUACAUUAAUUCGGUAUAAAGACUUACAUUGGUCAGACCUCAUUGCCAGUACUGACAAAUCAACUGGGGAUUCUCUACCUAUACCAGAGACAGAGAGGAAGAGGAGAGAAGCUGUGUGGGAGCUUCUCAAAAGUGAAUGUGUAUUCCUUGUCGACCAUCUCAUGGUGCUAAAACACUGUUUUAUGGAACCUUUGAAAAAGGUCCAAGUAGAAGGUUUCUUGAUGUCAGCUGAUGUCCAGGAGCUCUUUGGUAAUUUAGACGAACUGUGCUAUGUGAGUUAUACAUUCUGCAAAGACUUCCUGGCAUCUCUGCUCAAGGACAUGGGGCCCACGUGUUUUGGUAGCACAGCCGCGUUAAUAAGUGCCUUUGAAAGGUUAACCAAACAUUCCAGAAACGGGGAGGUGUAUCACCGGUAUUGUUUGAAUUAUUCCAAUGCCCUAGCGCAUCUUGAGAACGUGCGAAAACAACACGAGGAGUUCGGAGAAUUCGACAAGUGGUGCUCCCAAGACCCUAGGUGUAACAGACUGCAGCUAACAGAUCUCCUGGUGGCACCAAUGCAACAUUGGACAAAAAUGCCUCUCUUGCUCAAAGAGAUAAGAAAGUACACAGAAAAUACAGAGGAAAGGAUGCAGCUCACAGAAUCAAUAGAAGACGUAGAGAAAUCAUUAGAGCAACUUAAUGAUAAAAUGAAGUGGGUCAAAAACUUUGAGCGGGUUUUGGAGAUUCAGCAUCAGAUAGUCUGGCCGUCUAUUUCAGAAACAGACCCAAAGUCAUUUAUUCCCGAGUUUUUGAAAUCUACAUUGAGUCAGCAGCCGUGUGAACGUUUGUUGGCCAGCCCAAAGAGACAUCUCAUGUACGAGGGCCCGGUGACAUUGGUUGAGCAAUCAAAAGGACAAGAGAUGUAUAUAUUCCUUUUUGACGAUAUAUUCCUGCUGACCAAAUUGAAGAAAAGUCAUCGAAAGAAAACGUCAGUGGUUGAUCAGAACCCCAACAACUACAAAGCUGAUGCGUCCCCAGGGACAUACACAGUUUACAGGCAGCCCAUUUCUUUGGACCGGUUCAGUCUGCAUGACGUAGGGCCAGCCGAGGCACAAGCUAAUGGGUUGAAAAACGCCUUCGUAAUAGUGCAAAUAACGAGGUUUCAGCAAAUAGUUGGAAUUUACACAUUCCAAGCUCCAUCAGAGACAGCAAAGGCGGCGUGGCUUGACAACCUUCGAGAAGCCAAAGAAAAAUACAACGGUGACAGAAAUGCGAGCAGGCAUAACUCAUUCAAAGAAAACCUCAACCCAAGCAACACUGGUGCUGUGUCUCAAACACUGACAGUUACGCCACAAUUAGUACCUGACAGCAGGAACUCUCCCAGACUGGUCAAAAAGAGGAGUGAAAUGAGGCGGAUACACGAACGGUCGCAGACAAUAGAUAUGUCUGGUUAUGGAACGUUGCCAAAGAGUUUUGUCCAACAUAAAACAAAAUCUGUGGAUUCAGUUUAUCUUUAG